AUGGAGCUCGUUAGUACUCACUCUGGUAGAAGGCAUAGCUCCGAUCUUUCAGCCUCACUACAUCACAAAGUCGACUUUUUCAAAAGCCUAUCGCCCCAGAAAGAGCCUUCGCGGUUAAGAGCUACUUCAUUUUCACUUGUUAAUCCAGAUCGCGACAACAGGGAAGUGUCGCCGCCUUUACCUUUAGGACGAACUGAGGAUGACGGAGAAAUGCGUUCUCGAUCCCGGUCUAGAUCUAGAUCACACUCCGUGACCCAUGGAUCGACUUUGUCUCCGUCAAACUUGUUCAAACCAAAGACGAAGGACUUGGUAAAACAAGAGACCGCUUAUGUAGUGCUGAAGAAGCUAGUGACUAUGUUACAAGACUUGGGCCUACAAAAUCCCAUUCUAUUAAAGACAUCUACCCAAGGAUCAGUAUCAAAAACGAUCCAGGUCUAUGUUGCCAACUCAAAUGACUGCAUAUACCUCCCGCCAGCGUCAUCGGCAAGUUUCACUUAUGAAGAUGUCGAAAAUGGUGGUGCUAUUUUGACUGAUGACAUAGAGGGGUCUUCUCCUACAGCCACCGACAAUGAUACACAAGCAACCAUCACAAAUCAUGGGGGACGCGGCACUACAGAGCAAUACACAAGCCAUAGCUCCUCAUUGACACAGCUUGAAGAUCCCGUUUCCAACACUUUAUACCAACGAAUGCGUUCUUUCCACAGCCCAAACUACCUUUGCACCAAGAUCGAUUCUGAACUUCCUAUCCCCCACACUUUUGCUGUCAUAAUAGAGUUGGGGAAGGAUUUGUCAACAGUUAAGGAUUUGGCUUUUAAGUUUCAGUCAAUUACUCAAAUCAUGUGGCCGAUGGGAGACCCAUACAAGGACCCUUACAACCGAGCUACAGCCAAAGAGAAGUUCAAGAUUGGAACAAUGCAAUGGCGUACAACGUUGGACGAUGCUGACUACUAUAUAAGUAGCUCCAAUUCAAAUGAAGUGAGACUGAAAAACAUUGGUCCUGAAGAUUUGGCCAAGCGAACACGUUCCUAUACGUUGGUGGAUACGAAAAAUAAUGAUCGCUCGGAUGCCAAUGGCGAUACCAGUUUUGGAGAAGUAGAAUCUUCAUCAACCUCAAUCAAUACCUUCUCGGGAGGUUCCCAAAUGCCGAGUAACAACAACACAGAGCAUAAAGCUGGUCUUUAUGUAUUUUUGUUGCCCAUACUUUUACCCGAAAAUAUGCCUGCAAGUAUAGUCUCUAUAAAUGGCUCCUUGAUCCACACGCUACUGGCAAGUUUCAAUAAAACAAGUGACAAAUUGAAUAGAAAACUAAAAGUGAGUGCGUCUUACAAUGUUCCCAUGGUUCGUACACCGCCAAACUUUGCCAAUUCGAUUGCCGAUAAACCCAUCUACGUCAAUAGAGUAUGGAACGAUGCUGUCCAUUACAUGAUUACUUUCCCACGAAAAUAUGUGUCUUUAGGAAGUGAACAUGUUAUUAAUGUGAAGUUGGUACCGCUUGUGAAGCACGUUGUCGUCAAAAGAAUCAAGUUCAAUGUGUUGGAAAGGAUUACAUACGUAUCCAAGAAUUUGCAAAAGGAGUUUGACUAUGAUUCUCAGGACCCUUACAACAUACAUCCCAAAUCAAAGGAAAACAAAGUUCGGGAACGUGUUGUUGGAUUGUGCGAAUUGAAAACAAAAAGCAAAAGUUCCUCUAGCACAAACGGAGAUUCUUACAAGGAAGAAGUCAUCAAAUGCCCUGAAAAUAACUUGUUGUAUUCUUGUUACGAGCCGGAAAAAGAUUUGGAACCUCGUCAAAGGAACCGUGGGAAAGACAAUGACAAGGACAAAACAAUGAUUGCGACACCCUUGGAUAUCAAUGUCGCAUUACCAUUUUUAACAACAAAGAGUGACAAGACAUUGUUGACGUCUUCAUCAAAUACGGUUUUGAAUGAGGAUGAGUCCAUUGUUGAUCAGCUGCGUUCGUCGGGUGGUGCCUCUGCUUCAAAGAUGCCGUCCUCGCGCCCGCGUCAGGCUUCAGUUGAUGCAUCUAGUAGUCCCACUUCACCAAUUAUUGGAGCAUUGGAAACAAACUUAGCCAAUGUCGAUGAAAUUGGUCUUCACGCUGAUGUUUAUAAACGCAAAGUUCAAAAGCAAUCAAGACUGGGCCAACACGAAGUAUCUAAAUCAAACCUUCGCUCACCUAGUGUAUCAAACUACUUAUCCGAUGACAUGUCCGCAAAGAAUUUGCCCCCGCAGAAUAUCAAAAAUGGGUACACGUUAACAACCAGAGCGUUAUAUCCAGACUCGAAUUAUCGUCAUAUUCAAAUUAGCCAUCGAUUGCAGGUUUGCUUUCGAAUAUCCAAGCCCGAUCCUAAGGAUGAUUACAAAAUGCAUCACUAUGAGGUUGUUGUUGAUACACCUUUGAUAUUGUUGAGCUCAAAGUGUAAUGAAGGAUCAAUUCAAUUGCCUCAGUAUGACGAAAUCGACGGAGCAACAACUUCAACAGGGACGGAUUUGGGAGGAGACCUAUUGUCACUGCAUGCAAAGACUAAUGGACCAAAUUAUACUGGCAACGGUGUAUCAAUCAGGCAAUGGUCUCAAAAUGACGAAGAUGCGGGGAUCAAUAGUUUUGGAGAUCAGUUACCGUCAUUUGAGGAAGCCAUGUCCACACCAAACUCACCAAAGUCUAGAGCGAUCUCGAUUUCGGAGGGCCAAUUGAGCAGUAUACCUUCUGUUCCAACUGUACUACCCAAUGAACCAGCGCCAGCUUACGAUUACGAAGAACCAACAGGGCGUACGGCGGAGUCUCAAACACCACUGCUUGAUUCUGUCAAUAUUGACGAGAUUGUCAGCGAGGAACUAACAAACACCAAUACAAACUCAAGCACCUCGAGCGCCGUCUCACCAACAAAUUCAUCUGUACAUGCAGUUGGGCAACUGGCAGAAAGCAAACGGCCAUCGAUCAAGGAGAGUUUGUCGUUGUCAUUCGCGAGACAUCCAAGUGUCAGCAAAGAUCACACUAGUGGUUUGACUGUGCCACCAUUGGCAAAUGGUGCUGUAUCGUCGGCGUCGCUGUCCGCAGACCGUGAAAGCUUGGGCUUGGAUGGAAGCAGUAGUAGUAAUGUGUCGUUGAUGGGAGCAGGAAGAGAGCCCACUGCGGAUACUGUAAGCAUGCAAAGUGGCAACCAUAACGAUGCUGCUGCGCAAGCUGGUAGUGGUGGUAGAUGGACACCACCUUCAUCAACAGUUCCUGAUAGUAAUAGCUUAUCCAGUAAUGCUAUCGAAGGGAGUGAGACGGGUGAAGAAAACAACGACAAUGACAAUGACAAUGACGAUGAGGAUGAUGUUGCAGGUGACAACAGCUCUGCAAUCUCUCCAAAGGGGGCAGUUUUGCCAAAGGAAGGUGUUGACCUGUCUAGCUCACUGUUGAACGCACCAUACCAGAGCCGAUUAGAUGAGGUGAUAUACAACAAUGGAGAUGCAGAAGAAGAGGAUGAAGAGGAUGAUUUUGAUGACGAUGAAGAUGACGAUGAAGAUGACAGUGAUGAUGGAAACAUGAGUGGAAAUGGCUCUGAUCCUGAAGAUGACGAUUUGAACAGCUUGGAAUUACAAGAACGGACAUUUGAUCAACGAUUGCCGCUUUUGCAUCAUUUCAGUACGGAAACUAUUCGCACUCAGUCGUUUAACAAGCAACUGCCAAAUGCACUUCAUUUAAACCGAACUACGUCAAGUACCAAUGCAGCCCAAUAUGCGGGAGGAGGAGGGGCUGAUAGUAGUAGUUUUGCAUCAUCGUAUUCACCGUUGCCUACUCCACUGGCUACCACUGUCACGGCGAAUAGUUAUUUUUCACCAAUGAUGGGCGGAGCAUCUUCUUCGGUGCUGAAUUCUCCCAAGUAUAAUGUUGUGAAGAGAGAACAGGCUGAUGAAUGA